AUGUAUUUUCAAGCGUUAAGCCUGUCGUAAUCGGAGUAGCCACCAACGUGACUAUCAAUGUUUAAAAAGCAAAUAUUUAAGCUGUACGGCCCUUCAUAAGCCAAAAACACAGACAGAUCAAGCAAAUAGGGCAUUCUAUUUGUGAAGCCAAGGCAGCUAUCCCUUGACUUUGUUAAGCCAGCCAAAUCAAGCAAAGCAUAAACAAGCUACAACAACAAUAAUAACAAUAAAAGAUUAAGAAAAAACCCAUAUUAAUGAUCUUGAACGCACCGUAUCACUGCAAACAGAUCCAACCAACAUUCCUAAGUCCGGUUGGAAGAAACCCAUAUCCAUAUCCAUUGCAAACCCGAAAACAGGCCCCGAAGAACAUAAAAAAUCAAAAAUGAGAAUCCGGUUUUCGUUUCCCAUCGUUUCUGUUUGUCCACAGCUUUUUCACGUUUUCUCCAUUCCAUGCCCCGGCGCACAAGCUACAUGCAACCCUUCCCUCGAUCUUCUUCUCCCUCACAGCGCACACCAACACUUCCCUCCCCUGUCGAAAAUAUCGACAACCCUAAUGCUUUCUCCUCGGUAAGCAGAUUCGAAUUCAUUUAAUUCUUUUUUGUUUCUUGUUGUCUUGAGAAAGAUUUUAUUCAAAUCGGAAGAUGAUGGGCUCUGAGAACCAGGGCUUCCAAGAAGCCCACCUUUUCGCUUCCCGUGAAGAAAUGGAAAAUCUCGUUCUCGACGAGCCUCUUAGCAACCUCAACGACCACCAGAACAGUAACUCCUACUCGAGUUAUCGAAGCGCCAUCUCAUCACUCUCCAAUACGACGCACCACCCAAUGUCUCUGCCGAUCCUCGCGACUCCAGCCGACUCCGAUCCCUUGCUCUCCCCUCCACUCUAUCUUAACCCUAACGCACCUGAUAACAACUCCUACAUCGAGCCUCCUUCCUACGCUGAUGUCAUCUUCAGUCCUUUCGAUGAGAACUCAUUCAACGGCCUCGAAUCGACUUCUCAGAACCCAGAAUCGUCAUUGGCUCUCUCCAGAUCGCCAUCGUCCAGCACAUAUUAUAUCAAAAUUACGGUUUCCAACCCCCAAAAGGAGCAAGACACCACCAAUUCACUCGUGCCAGGAGGUAAUACAUAUUACACUUAUUUAAUUACGACGAGAACGAAUAGUCCAGAAUUCGGCUCCUCUGAAUUUAGUGUUAGGAGAAGGUUUAGGGAUGUAGUCACGUUAUCGGAUCGGUUAGCGGAAGCUUACCGUGGAUAUUUUAUUCCGCCGAGGCCAGAUAAAAAUGUGGUGGAAUCUCAAGUGAUGCAGAAGCAAGAAUUCAUGGAGCAAAGGAGGAUUGCAUUGGAGAAAUAUUUGCAGAGGCUGGUGGAGCAUCCGGUGAUUAGACUAAGCGAUGAAUUGAAGGUGUUUUUGCAAGUGGAAGGGAGGCUUCCAUUGCCGACGAGCACUGAUGUGGCUUCACGGAUGCUUGAUGGUGCUGUGAAGUUACCGAAGCAGUUGUUUGGGGAAAGUACUGCAGUGGUGGAGCCACACGAGGUGCUGCUGCCUGCAAAAGGCGGGACGGAUUUGUUGCGGUUGUUUAAGGAAUUGAGACAGUCUGUAGCAAAUGAUUGGGGUGGUUCGAAACCGCCUGUAGUAGAGGAGGAUAAGGUGUUUAUGGAGAAAAAAGAAUGGAUUCAUGAUCUUGAGCAGCAACUCAGCAAUGCUUCUCAGCAGGCUGAGGCACUUGUUAAAGCACAGCAAGAUAUGGGAGAGACAAUGGGAGAAUUAGGAUUGGCAUUUAUUAAGCUGACUAAGUUUGAGAAUGAGGAGGCUAUGUUCAAUUCUCAAAGAGUACGGGCUGCUGACAUGAAGUGUUUAGCAACUGCCGCAGUCAAAGCUAGCAGAUUUUAUCGAGAACUGAACUCGCAGACUGUCAAGCAUUUGGAUACACUUCAUGAAUAUCUUGGGCUUAUGUUAGCUGUGCAUGGUGCAUUUUCGGACCGAUCAAGUGCUUUGUUGACGGUGCAAACUCUCCUAUCAGAACUAUCUACAUUGCAUUCAAGGGCUGAAAAACUUGAAGCUGCAUCAUCAAAAAUAUUUGGUGGCGACAAAUCAAGGAUUCGGAAGAUAGAGGAGUUAAAAGAUACUAUAAGGGUUACUGAAGAUGCUAAAAAUGUUGCCAUAAGAGAAUAUGAGCGGAUCAAGGAAAACAACAGGUGCGAACUUGAAAGGCUUGACAAUGAAAGAUGUGCUGACUUCUUGAACAUGAUGAAGGGGUUUGUUGUAAAUCAGGUGGGUUAUUUUGAGAAAAUUUCAAAUGUGUGGGCAAAGGUUGCAGAGGAGACAAGUGGAUACGCAAAAUAUAGCUUUUAAAUGUUUGGAUGUAUAUUCAAAUCCUCAGCCUUCACUGUCUCUUUUUCUUUUUAUAUUGUUGGUUAUUGUCCCUAUUAGGAGAUAGAUUUUACAUUGGUAAUAAUGAAGAAAAAUGGAGUACUUUGGUUAGUUUUGUUUUUCCUUUGCUUUUUAGAGUAUAAUAUUUUCCCACUUUAAUUUGUUACAUUUGAUGAUGUAAAUUGUUUGAUAUACUGGCGUGUGAUCAUAAUUCCAGAUUUAACAUGGGUGCGAUUGGGAAGAUGAUGGGAUUACCUUCUUUC